AUGAAGUUCAAUACGCCUCUUCCCCAACCCCUGCAGAAGGAAUGUCUGAAGGCAGCUCAGAUAUUCAAAUCCUUCGUCGACAGCGGGAACAACGGGCUUGAUGGCGUCAUUCCACGGCAUGUCCUCGAGAACGCCAAAGGCUUCGCUAUCUUCACCAUCUUCAAAGCUGGGUUCCUCUUCUCUGCGAGAGCCGGAAGUGGAGUGGUCAUAGCCAAGCUGGAAGAUGGAACGUGGUCGGCACCAAGCGCGAUAGGCUCCGCCGGGCUCGGUCUGGGAACUCAAGCUGGAGCCGAGAUGACGGACUUCCUGGUCGUGCUCAACUCAAAGUCGAAAUCAUUCAUGUCUGCCGGUUCCGUGACCCUCGGCGGUAACCUCAGUGUAGCUGUGGGACCCCUCGGUCGCACCGGAGAAGCACUAGGUUCGCUGAGGCUUUUUGGAGGCAUGUCGGUCGAGGGCUCGGUCAUUGUUGAACGCCAAGACGCGAAUGCGCAAGCAUACCAUUCUGACGUGACCGUGAAGCAGCUGCUCAGCGGAGCAAUCACCCCUCCAGAAUGGGCUUCACCACUCAUCAAGACCCUCGAUUUAUGCACGGGCAUGCCGGGCGGUAGACGCUGGUUAGAGGAAUCCAGACCCCACCGAGGGGGUGACUACGUAUUCGGUGGGGUAGAAAGCCCCAGUCUGGAGAAUGGCCCGGGAUCUCGUAACGGCAGUGGCUACUUCCCUAGCGAUGGGCAGGCUUCCCCUGGCAAGCUCUCCAAGAAGAAGACCGCCAAGUCAAACAGCAUAUCAUUCCCGCCGGUAAACUGGGGACAGCGCAAGUCUUCCGGGUCCUACUUCUCAGACUACCACGACCCGAACCGCGCUCCAGUCCCAGGGGAUGCACUCAUGGAGAACGGCAGCUCCAGCUCUCUCGCGAACCGCUCUCCCGAAACACGCUUCUCAGACGAUCGACCUUCCCCGCGGUUAGGACGGACGGCAAGCACCGACACGGGCUACUUCGAGACAACGUUCCAAUCCGAUUUUGUCUCCGAAGACCAGCUGCGCCAGCAUCCUCCACUGGGCCGACGUGGACCUCCAUCGCCUCUGCUUCUAAAGGAUGGUCAGAAGGCAAACAGCGAGGACUUGUGGGAACCGGGGAGCCCAUUCAACAACCUCCCCCCGUUCAACCAGGCGCGCUCGAAGAUGUCAGACGCCACCAGCCACCGCCGCGCCUACAGCGCGUACGCGCCGCCGUCUACCGGCAUGACCGUAGGCCAGGUCGCGUCAAAUCCGUUCAACAGCGCUUCCGCAGGGAACAGGCGCACGAGUAGCGCUUUUGGCGACGAAGACGAAGACCUGCUCGGGCUUGGAAUCGACUACUCGCGGGACCGCAACCCGUCGGGCGGCUCCGCCAUUGCCCCUUCGCUGAGUCGUGGGCGCACCACCAGCGGCUCGUCGGCCUCGAUGUCCGGUAAACCGAAGCUCGCGCCCAAGGCCGAGCUCACGCGCCCGCUGCUGCCACACGAGGGCGUCGCGCGCGCGAUUGCGCUCUUCGACUUUGCGGCCGUGCAGUCGGGAGACCUCUCGUUUCACAAGGGACAGGUUAUCACGGUCACCGAGAAGAGCGCCGACACCAACACUUGGUGGAGGGGCAAGGUGGACGGUAGGGAGGGCAUCUUCCCUGCCAACUUCGUCGAGGUGGUUUAG